GGUGAUGGUCAGCCUAAGAGGCAGCUCACAAUCCCCAUGAAAAUAGUACGGUAUCUUCCGUUCAUACCGAGGAUCCAACGAUUGUACAUGACCGAGGAAUCCACGCAACAGAUGACAUGGAACAAAAAAGAUGUUCGAUACAACCCUGAAAAGAUGGUGCAUCCUUUCGAUAGUGAAUCAUGGACACAUUUUGAUUCGAUUCAUCAUGAGAAAGCUAAAGAAGCUUGUAAUGUACGUGUUGCGCUUGCAACAGAUGGGUUCAAUCCUUAUGGAAUGGUGGCCGCUUCGUACUCAUGUUGGCCCGUGUUCAUUAUCUCUCUGAAUCCCCCCCCGGGGUCAUAUUUCAACGACAGAACAUAUUUGUGUCAAUGAUUAUUCCAGAGCACCCGGGGAAUAAAAUGAGUGUUUACAUGGAGCCUUUGAUCGAUGAUUUGGUCAAGGCAUGGGAAGAAGGGGUCUUGACCUACGACCGAGCGACAAAGACAAACUUCAAAAUGUAUGUCUGGUACCACUACUCUCUGCAUGACCUCCCAGCAUAUGGUAUAUUCUGCGGCUGGUGUACUCACGGAAAGUUUCCAUGCCCAACAUGUAAGGCAGCUCUGAGUUCAUUUGGUUGAGGAAAGGGGGUAAGUAUUCGUCGUUCGACAAACAUCAACAAUUCCUCCCUGCUGACCAUCCAUUUAGGCAAGACAUUAGGAGCUUCACAAAAGGUGUCGUAGUUAUAGAUUCUACACCGCCGAUAAUGACGGGUGCCGCAGUUCAUGCUCAGAUAGAUGCUCUCCGGGUCAAUUCUGAAGGUGGUUUUGUGGGAUAUGGUGAGGAACACGCCUGGACUCAGAAGUCGGGCUUGUGGAGGCUCCCAUAUAUUGAUGACCUCCUCCUUGCACACAACAUUGAUGUGAUGCAUACAGAAAAAUAUUAGGGUGAGGCUCUUUUUGGAACAGUCAUGGACACAGAUAAGACGAAGGACAACGUUAAGGCUAGAGUGGAUCUGGCAAUGUUGUGCGAUAGACCAAGAUAUGAAAUGAGGACUCCAGGACCCGGGAGAUAAUGGAAGAAGACACGUGCCAACUUCGUCCUAACGAGGGCCCAAAAGAAGGAAGCACUAGAGUGGAUCCAAAAGUUACAAUUUUCUGAUGGGUAUGCUACGAAUCUGAGGAGGGGAGUGGACCUAACUACUAUGCGAAUCAAUGGGCUCAAGAGUCAUGACUACCACAUAUGGAUUGAGCGGCUUCUUUCGAUGAUGGUUCAAGGAUACCUCCCUGAUUAUGUCUGGCAAGUGCUGGCAGAGUUGAGCAAUUUUUUUCGGCAACUUUGUGCUAAGGAGUUAUCUCGGGCCGUAAUUGCGGACAUGGAAAAAAUGGCUCCUGUGUUGCUAUGUAAGCUUGAGAAGAUAUUUCCACCCGCCUUCUUCAAUUUGAUGCAGCAUUUGCUUCUGCACCUCCCGUAUGAGGCACGAUUGGGGAGGCCUGUGCAGAAUUGUUGUUGCUAUUCAAUCGAGAGAUGUCAGAAAGUUCUUCGAACAAAAUGUAAAAAUAAAUGCAAAAUCGAAGCUUCCAUUGUAGAGGCAUAUAUUCUCAAGGUGUCAAACUUCACAACUAAAUACUAUGGUGAGAAGCUUCCUAGCGUGCAUAAUCCACCCCCUCGUUACAAUGCUGGCGAUAAUGAAUCGAGCCUCAGCAUUUUUCGAGGGCAAUUUGAAAGUGCAAGUGAUGCGAGGUACAAGACUUUGAACUAUGAAGAGUGGCGCCAUAACAUGUUUUAUUUGUUGAUCAACCUUUCCGAGGUGGAGCCAUACAUAGGGAAAUUUCAUCAUCAAUUCUGGCGUCACUCAAGGCCUCCUACCCCGAAGGAAUCGGAUGCCCUUCUUAAAAAUGGCGCGGGAAAUUCACAGCCCGAUUUCAUUUCUUGGUUCAAACAGAAGGUCAUUGAAUCGAGAUGCCAGGCGGUGGCAAGAUGUCUUACCUGAGCUCCUUAUAUCGAAAUCAAGGUGGAGCGCGUCUUGAGGGGUCCAAUGUAGCAGAGGCGUCUGGGAGCCAUGGUGGAGGAGGGAGAGGUACUGGAGGAGGGGAAGGGAGAAGGAGAGGUACUGGAG